AAUGAUAUCGAACAAGAUCGAAUAUCGAAUCAAACAGCUUUUAUUUCAAACUUUUUUUUCAAAAAUGUGUUGUUUUUGGAAUAUUUAAGUGUUUUUAUUUAAAUUGUUCAUCCUGUAGAUGUUCAUAAAAAAUGAUAAAAUUGAGUAUGAUGAGUCUACGAAAAACAAAUGCAAUGCAUGAUUAUUGUAUUGUAUAUACAUAUAGAUAUACACAGUUAAUUAAACACAAAUGGAUACUUCGGUAAAAUCAAAAAAGUUGACAGAUACGGAUUUCAAGGAUAAUUUCAACGAAAAUAGUAUUAUACCUUGGACAGAGUGGAAAGACACGGAAUUAAAUAACGAAAAAUGGUCUAUACCACAAAAUGGAGAGGAUGGAUUAUUUCUCGAUACGGAAUUAACUCCGAUGCCUCUAUCUUUGGAACCAUAUGAGUGGAUUCGUCCACAUUUUUUAAAGGAUUUAACGGAACCGUUAACUGUUUAUACAAUUACUAAAGAAUAUCCUGACUUAAUAAAAAGGAAUAAACAUCUGUUGCACAGUGAAUUUAUCAGAUGGUUUAUUUCGAGCUUGAUUAAUCUUCAAUACUGUGGGCAAAAUGGUUUAGAAGUGAGCGGGGAAUCGAAUAAUUUUAUUUGGAAUGGGCGAAAAGAAAAAUGGCAGGGUUGGAUGCACGUGUAUUCGAAUAACAAAGCUGGCCAUGGUGUGUCUCAUCGACCUAUUUUUAAUCCAAAUGGAAAAUAUAUCGUACGUCUUUACUUUCUUGGAUGCUGGCGUCGAAUAGUAGUAGAUGAUUUUAUACCCGUCGAUAAAGACGGUAAUCCUCUUUUACCGACUACAGGUAAUGGUUUUGAAUUAUGGCCUCUACUUUUGGCAAAAGCUUUAUUGAAAAUCGCAUCAUUAACAUGGUCUCACCGAAGAGAAAUCGUGGAUUUUAAUCCGGUUUCUUGUUUCACUGGAUGGAUCUGUUUGUCUUUGAAUGUCGUUCAUCUUUCUCCUCGAGACAAGUGGGAGUUCUUAGUGAAAUAUGCGGAACACUUCGAAUGGAAGCAGGAAGGAACUAACUCGGAGAACGUAACGCUUGUUGAAGAAGACGAGAAAAAGUCAAGAAAAAAAGGGAAAAGAAAUCAAAGAGGCGUUAAAGGGUUGCAACUUCCUGAUAAACCUCGACCUAUCACGCUGUUUCUCGAUUUGGAAGAUAUGAAAGAGGUCACGCCCGAGACAGUGCCCGGUUUGUCGCCUUGCUGGAGCCAUUUGGUUCAUGUCGUUCAAUCGCGUGAUCUUCCAUUGGAUCCUAAAGACAUAAAAGAACCUUUACCAAAAUGGAAAGAAUAUCGAUGGAUAAAUUGGGCGAUCGAUCGAGGUUUGCUUGAUCCAGUGGAAUACUUUGUUCCUAUUCGUUAUUUAAAAAUCGUCAGUUCAUUGAGAGAAUGCAAGGAAGGUGUUUUUCUGAGGAAAAAUCUAAAUUCCUUUAUCAACGAAUUUUUAGAAGAAACAACAAAAAAUCAGGAAGUAUUAUCUCCUGAGAAAAAAGAAAAGGAAGAAACGAUCGAUGAAAUUAGCUUUUGGUGCGAUUUUAAUAAAAUGGCAUCGUACGUGAAUGUAGUUCAUCUCUUUUACAAGCCUGAAUAUUUUGGAUAUACUUUAAGAAUGUCAGAUUCCUUUCUGCUGGAUGAUCAAAAGAACAUAAUUUUGCUACCGAAGAAACAGAAAAAAGAUAGUAGGAAAGGUAGCAGAAAGAGUGUACCGUCGGACAUGGUUCAUGAUGAUUCGGUAGAAUUUAUGGAUACUUAUGCCUGGCCUAGAACCAUGAAAUCAUCGAGAAACGAGCCGUUGUAUUUCUUUUGCGAUUCAGUCGAGGAGAAGUUUUUGUUAAUAAAUUUUAGUACCAUGGAAGAACGAUUACCUUUGAAUAUUGUUUCAAAGGGAGAAGAGGCCAGUGAUUCGGUAUUGAUAAGAUCAUUAUCUGAAGAUAGAAGUUAUCUCGUCGUAGAAAGACACAGUUGGUUCUUCAGGCCUACCGAAUCAAGAGCACUUAUAUCAAUUUCAACGUCUGGCACCAAGUCGAGUGUGCUGGAGUUAGAACCAGGAAGACAUCUUUUGCGUAUUUAUUGCCGUUCGGAGUCACGUUGUUUCAUAUCGAUUUUAUCUGACACAAUUUUUUACGUUGGUGAUCGUCUUACAAUACAACCGUUAAUGAGUACGGAAUCGGCGAGAACCGAUGUCUUAGUUAAACACAUUAGCAAUUCCCUAGCUAAAGCGUUUUUCAGUUUCGGUAGCAAAGAUUAUUCUUUGAAUUUGAAGGCAUUUUAUCAUAGUUAUAUGCCAGAUUUAACGAACGUUUCGAAAAAAAAAGACAGAGCUACGUUUAAACAAAUACAUGACUACUUUAUAGAAGAGUUAUUUAACUCGAUCAAAAAGAUCUUCCCUUCGGAACAGCUUCGCGAAAUUUUAUUUUCCUUGAAAGUCUUUUUUCUAAAUCCUAGAAUCGGUUUAGAACAUAGCAAAACUCCGUCGAUCUUACGUGUUUUUCAAGAGAAUGGAAAGUCCACGUCAAUAGAAAACGAUUCGAACGAAUCGAUCUGCGAAAUGAUUUGGAUCAAUUACGAUCAAGCAGCUACCAUCAUCCAAGCUUUUUUUAAGGCGGUGAUGGUUAAGCAGUAUAAACGGCGACACAAUUCCAAUCACAAGGAUCACUCAAAGAUCUUAACGAAUCUCUUGAUGAUCGUUGAACUUUUCGAUCAUUCUAAGAGCGAGUCAUUAGCGUCUAUUUUGUUGAGAAACGUCAUUCAAAGAAACAAAAACUUUAACGAGGCUUAUCCUUGCUCCAAGGACUUUCAAUACGUGUUACAAAUACAAGAAUGCAAAGGUACUUUGUUGAACGUUAAACCAGAUCAAUGGAUUCCAAUAACGAGACUAAUCGUGAAUGCUCAGGAAAACGAAACGAUCUUUGGCACGAUACAACUUUUUACAAACUUAACGAGUUACAAUUUGCGAUUAUACAACAACGAAACCGGUCGAGAAAUGUGGAGAGUCAUUAACAACGUUGCUCCAUCUAAUUAUCGGCAUACGACAGUCGGUUACACGCUCUUCGCUUACGGCUACGAUAAUAAUCAAAGAUCAGAAGACACGGAAUGGAUACUUUAUUUUAUUACAAUGAAGGGACAACCAAUGUUUUAUCAAUUAGCUGACAAGGAACCCAUUUCGUUGAACACGAAGAUACCAGUUUUAAUCAUUGAAGAAACGUCUAACAUUUAUAUACCUAAUUCGACGAAUUUAAUUUCCAAGUGGAUCGUCAAUAUCGUUCGUGAUAGCCUGUUGUCGUUUAAAUUGACGACUUCAUUCAAAUUGGUCCAAAUGAAAUUAAGAAUUAUCGAUCAGAAAGAUAAUGUUUUAUUAGAAAUUGAGGGUGGAUUUGUCCUGUGUGUUCCGGUUGUAUAUUUGAAGUUAGAAAAAGAAAACGUAAACAUGGAAAAUUCCCGUACUACUUAUUACAUCGAGGUAUUCGUUCUUCAUGAUAGUUGGCCAUUAGCUGAGACUGAAUGGUCUUUGGUAUUAGAGGCAAAGACAAAAAACAGAAACGAUUUAAUUCGAACAAAAUCUUCGAACAUUAAAAUACAAAAAUCCGAUAUAAUAAGAACAAAACGUAAUUCGAAGCAAGUCGUCGAUCAACGUUUGGAUUCACCUUUUUGGAAAUUUCAAACCGUCAUCGAUGCUAACAGUGGUGUGGAGAUUAUUCAAGAUAGAAGAAGAGAACAAGAGAUAUUAUCCUUGAAAGAAUCCUGGUGGAAGGAUGAUCCUGAACGACUUCAACGUGGUAAGGAACUCAGAGAAGCUUUUUUGGAUACUUACAGUAUACGUUCAAUUUCUUCGAUGAACUUGGAGGAAGAAAUAUCUAUUGAAAUGAACAAACGUAUGGGAAGACGAAAAAUUCGAGAAUCAGAGAUUCAUAAGCGAUUGACUUUAACAGAGAGCAUUGUUACCAAGUUUUUGAAGUACCCACGAUCUCGUAGCUUCGAAUUACCAGUAUUAGAUUUGAGUAAGUUCCAAAAGAUCGAAGAAGAAAUGGAAAUAUCUCGAAUUAGGAGCAGCUCGGAAAGAAAGAUUUUAACAGAACAACGAUAUGCCGAUGUUUCCGACUUCUUUCUGACUUAUGAUAAUUUUCUUCAGAGAUUAGACGAUUGGUCGUACGAGCAACUGAGAAAAUAUAAAAAAUUGUGGAACGAUCUCGAAGAGAAUAUCUCUCAAAGGAAAGCUCAGCUUGAGAAAGUUUACGAGACACGUCAGGCUUAUAUUUCUAGCAUUAAGUUGCUCGAUACGCCUAAAAAAGUGAAGAAAGGAGAAAAGAGAAGUGCGAGAACAUAACAAACAAUGACUACAACGACAACAAAAAUAACAAUAAUGAUAAAAUAAUAAUAGUAAUAAUUAAUGGAUAGCCUUGUAAAUAGAUAUCUAACGAUAUUAACCGAUGUCAAAGAAAUCGUUUGCCUUUAGAAUCGUUAGACAAUUAAUUAGAAUGAUUAUCAGAAUGUGCGAACUUUUCUCAUCCUUCGUAUAUUUUUGAUUAGAAUUAUCUCGAUUCCCCCGGUCAAGGAUAGGCUGAUGCUUUUCCGUAAAAGUUUCUCUACUUACGUAGAUCAUGUUCCGUGGCAAGAAUACAGGCUUACAUACAUAUAUUGCGUUGUUGAUGACGGUGCGCGAUAUACCUUUUAAUGAUGCCACUCCCGACGGUCUCUCUCUCUCUCUCUCUCUCUUUCUCAAAAAAAGCAUGAUUAUCGUUCUGCCGAUUUUUCAUACACCAGACCAGUCUCUCUUUCCUACCAUGUCGCCCCACCAACGAUUAUUACAAAAUUACGAGAAAGGCGACAAGUAAGCAAAAAGGAUUCAUAAUAAACCUAGGUGCCUUAAGGUACAGUGCAAGUUGUUGAACUUAUCAGAUUAUUGUUAUUAUUCACAAAUUAUCAUUAUCGUCGAGAACGAGUGAUCAUAAUUAUAAUAAUAUUCGAUCAUCGAA